CAUGGAGUCCUAUGCAGUUUACGCACACGCCUCCUAAAUUUCCAUACUCUUCUACGGUCGGCCGCGCCUUGCAGAUCUACUCUAUCAAAAUCGUCAACCUCAAUCCCAAUCUAGACUGGCCCCUCCAUGUCUACGGCGUGGUUGCCGCACGAGACUGCUUUGACCACAACCGCAACAUUCUCUUCCACGGGUCCGAGGCUAACUGCCAACGAGUCACCCAAGAUGACCCUUUUCUGCACUUGAUUGGCCCGUCACGUGCAAUUGUGGCCCAAGAUCGUGUUAUGUUUGAAGUCCAACUAAAAAUGAAGUACGGAGCAGAGUCUAAAGAUACAGCAUUGUUCACUUCCAGCUAUAGUUACGCCUUUGACAGGCGGUGUUCCACCAUUCUGAUCUACAGCCGUUGUUGUAUGGCAGAGUUAAGCCUCGAGGGGCUUACUCAAGCAAUCCAGGCCACCAUUGUUGGUGUUCGCGUCGUCAAAGGAAAGUGGCCUUGUAAGUAUGGAUGCCGAGUUUCUUGCUCCUUGUCCCCUAUUGAAGAGGCUAUUGAUUCCACGCCGAUGGAAGUUGUGCUGCUUGAAUCUCGCGGCAAAGAAAUGCCUGCACGUUCAGAUGGUUACAUUCAUUUAUCAAGGAAUGUGGUUUCGGUGGAUAUACAUACUACAUUGAAAGUUUGCAUACAAGCUUACUCGAAUGCUGGUUCCACUCCUCUACAGGGUCAUGUGAACUUUCCUGUACAGGAAUGCCAAGUAAGCAAGCGGAAAUGCUUACUUGGCAACUCUAGGGUGGUGGAGAUCAUUGUUGCUUGGUCCCUCCUUCCCAUGGACGAGCUUGGCUAGUACCGGAGGGAUAUUGUA